AUGAGCGCAGAAAAGCUGGAGACACCUACAACUCAUGACGUAAAAGAAGAGGCCGAAAAGAUUCCGGCGACGCAGGGAGGCAUUGACGCGGCGGAGGACAAAGAGAAAAGUGUUGUCGCCGAGGCCUCCGGUGGACAGGCGGAGGGAGAACUAAACCCGAAAAAGGCAUCGGAAGGAUCGAUAACCAUCGGAGAGGCUCUAGAGGCGGCGGUUCUCACGGCAGGUAAUAAGCCUGUCGAGUGGAGUGACGCAGCUGCCAUUCAAGCGGCCGAGGUUAGAGCAACGGGACGGACCAACAUCAUGCCCGGAGGUGUUGCCGCCUCCGCUCAAUCAGCUGCUACUCUUAACGCUCGAGCCACCUCCGACGACGACAAAACCACGCUCGCCGACGUUCUCACUGGAGCGAGUAGCAAGUUACCGUCGGACAAACCAGCGACAAGGAAAGACGCAGAGGGGGUCACAGGCGCAGAGAUGAGGAACGAUCCUCAUCUCACAACUUACCCAACCGGCGUUGCCGCCUCUGUCGCUGCAGCGGCUCGGAUUAAUCAGGCCAAGUGA